CAGUCCUUGCUCGCUAUAAGUCUAGGAUAUCCUUUAGAGUUUUAUAGAACUUCCUGCUGAGUAAUUUCUUGUAUAGGGUAUAGAGAGAAAACUUAGCAAAUACUGUAGAAUAGCAAAUACACCAGUUGAUUCAUUAUCACAACGAUCUUAUGCUUGUUUCUCUCCUAAUAGCAAAUCCAAGACUUUCAAAGAGAUUGGAUGGGGAUUAUCCAGAAAUCAAGAGAAGAACGUGUGAUAUUCCCCAACAAGGUUCACAAAUGGACGAAUUAUCACAAGACUUCAUCACUUAAGAAAUUGAGGGAAUUUUCUAAGACACCUUCUGCAGCUCCUGACUGCCUAGAUGCUUGAAGGGGAACCUAUAAAGGAACUCUUACAGAGUUGGAUAUUCUUUCUAAAGCUGAUAUUUAUAAAGGCAGGAAGUGUAUCAAUAUGCCUCAGAAAAUCCCAUUUGAUGAACUUGACUUAAGAAAACAAAGAAGAAUCAUUAAAUCUCUCAGUAGAUUUGAAAUUAUCAAAGCAGGACAAAGCCCCAAGAGAGUGAGGAAUCAAUCACUUAAGCAACUUAGAGAUGGGAGCUAUCUCCAGAUCAAGAUGGCAUCUGGAGAAAAUUCACUCCAUAAUACUCUAAGGAGUAAGAAUACCAAUACGCAUAGGGAUUCUAUGGGUAUAUCAAACCAGAUUAGUGCUGCCAAAUUUUCCCCAGUGCUGAACAAAGGUUCCUUAGAAUCUUCUUAUUCAGUGGCCGGGUCACUUAAAAAAUCCAAGAAUAAAGACCUGAGUAAUGAGUACCAGGGGUCGAGGAAGAGUAAUGAGCAGCAUACUUUAGUCAAAGAGGAUAAUUAUAAAGGUAUUUUCAAGAAAGCACUCAAAGUGCAUGCAGAUGCUCUAGCCCAAGAGAGCACACAAGCAUUCUUGAGAAAGAGAUAUUACAAAAAUAUGGUUUCAAACAAGACUAAUACGAAAAAGAGCUUAAACUCUGUGUAUACUAAAGCCUGAAUCAAGUGUAAGAAGGAUACUAAUUAUGUUUAAGCAAAGUCUUAAUCAGUUCAAUAAUUUAG